GAAACUCCGCUUGCUUUAAAGUGAAAGUGUUAAGUCAUGUAGCAAAAGUCGCUAUUCACUUGCUUGAAAUGAUCGCUCCCUGUAUUUCAUCGUUAACUUCCGUCUGCUAUCGGUAUUUUCCGGAUUAAAGAAAAUGGCGGCGUUAGAAAGUGUGCAUGUUUCUACUAUUUCUCAUUGAAGCAUAUUUUAUUUGCAUUAUCGAGGAUAAAAAAAUUCCCACAUCAUGAGUGUUACAAUAGAUGUUACAAGGCCCCCGCCUCCUAAUAUGCCUGGGGCACCAGGAGCGGCUGGAGGAGGACGGUUCUUCCACAUGCCCCGGUUCAGUAGUCCACCACAGUUCAACACCAGAUAUAGCAAUCCAUUUGGCACUCGGCAACGUUUUCAAGGUGGCUAUAGACCAUUUCACCAGCGAGAUCAGCAUCAUCAGCAUAACAAGGGAGAAAAUGCAGACGACGAUUUUGAUGGAAAACGUAUGAGGAAAUCAGUCUAUAGGAAGACAAUUGAUUAUAACAGUUCAGCUAUAAAGUAUUUGCAGGGAAGAGUCUGGCAAAGGGAUAUGAGAGAUCUAAGAUCUGUACAGCCUGACAUCAUGUCUACAACUAAUUUGCAACCACCAGGCAGCAUGCUACAGAACAACACUAAUUGUGUAACCACCAAGUUUAUACGACAAUCCACCAAUAAGUUCAAGUGCCCUAUAUUUGCAGUCUGUUGGACCCCAGAAGGCAGGAGACUGAUAACAGGAGCAUCUAGUGGAGAGUUCACAUUAUGGAAUGGACUAACAUUCAACUUUGAAACUAUAUUACAGGCUCAUGACACGUCAUGUAGAAGUAUGGUCUGGAGUCAUAGCGACCAGUGGAUGAUUACAGCUGACCAUGGUGGCUUUGUUAAAUACUGGCAGUCUAAUAUGAACAAUGUCAAGAUGUACCAGGCCCAUCAGGACCCAGUGCGAGGAUUAAGUUUUUGUCCGACUGACCAAAAAUUUGUGACUUGUUCCGAUGAUGGGACGGUGAGAGUUUGGGAUUUCCUGAGGUGCCAUGAAGAAAGAGUAUUGAGAGGACAUGGAGCUGAUGUCAGAUGUGUAGAUUGGCACCCUCACAAAGGUUUGGUAGCCUCUGGAAGCAGGGACACGCAACAGCCUGUGAAACUUUGGGACCCCAAGUCUGGCACCAGUCUAACUACUUUGCACUCCCAUAAAGGAACAGUGAUGGCACUCAAAUGGAACAGGAAUGGCAACUGGCUUCUCACAGCAUCUAGAGACCAUCUUGUUAAACUGUAUGAUGUUCGCAACCUUAAGGAGGACCUACAAACCUUUAAAGGACAUAAUAAGGAGGCAACAGCUGUAGCAUGGCAUCCUGUGCAUGAAUCCCUGUUUGCUAGUGGUGGAAGUGAUGGCUCUAUCAUGUUUUGGAAUGUAGGAACUGACAAGGAGCUGGGUGCUAUGACUGAGGCACAUGAGGCUAUUGUGUGGUGUAUGUCCUGGCACCCACUGGGACAUAUCCUGGUGUCUGGCUCCAAUGAUCAUAAUACGAAAUUCUGGUCCAGAAAUCCACCUGGUGACAAAAUGUUGGACAAAUAUAACCUGAAUAAACUCCCACCAGGUGUCUCCGAGGACAUGAUGGAUCUAGAUGGAAGAACCUCAACAACUGGGGCAAGUGAUCUACCAGGAAUGGGAUUGGAAUUUGGUGUACCUGAUCACCUAAAGAAAGAUGAACCUGAAGAAAAUGGGCCCGGCAUACCAGGAUUAGGCGGCACUAAUGUACAUGAGUAUGAUUCAUCUCAAAGGAGAAAUCCAAGUGUUAGGCCUUACUAUCAAAAUAUGCGUAAAGUGCCAUAUGCCAAACCUGUCCCAAAAAGUUUUGAACAGGCUUGGGAAAAAGGAUUUGAUAAAGCUGGUGACGGCUUGCCUGGAGAUCAGGAUCCUGGUGUUUCUCAGCAAGGAUCACCCCAAAAGCAAAUGGGGGAUCAACAUGGAGGCCAAGGAGGUCCUCAUGGUCCCCCUCAUAGUAACCAAGGUCCAACACAUGGCAACCAGGGGCCCCCUCAUAGCAACCAAGGCCCCCCUCAUGGCAACCAAGGGGCUCCCCAUAGCAACCAAGGUCCACCUCAUGGCAACCAAGGUCCUCCCCAUGGCAACCAGGAGCCACCUCAUGCCAACCAGGGGCCACCCCAUGAUCAUCAUGGAUCUCAGUUUGGUAAUCAAGGUAUACAUAUGCACUAUGGUAACCAAGAGGGUCCUCCUCAAGGGAUGGGUAUGCGACCAGAUGGACCAAGGCCUAGUGGCCCACCCUCCCUCUUAAAUAUGGACUUAAAUGGACCAAGAGGUCCAAGAAUGGGAGGUCCAAGGCACAGGAUGGAUGGCCCCAGGGGGCCAAGAGGCCCUAGAAUGGAUGGGCCAAGGGGUCACAUGGGUCCGCGAGGUCCAAGGAUGGAUGGGAAAAGAUUCAAUGGUCCACGGCAUGGCUUUGAUGGACCUCGUGGUCAGAUGAUGAAUAGAGGCCCCAGGCCUCAUAUGCAACAGAAUGCGCCCCCAUCUUUAUUAGACCUACCUGACCAGCAAGGAAGGCCCAGGGAUUUCCAAAUGGAUCCAUCCCACAGAUCAAGCUUUUCAGGUGAUGGUCCUCCCAACAAUACUCACAUGAGCCAAGGUCGACCAGGGGGUCCCCAAGGUAAUAUGCCACCCCCAGACAACAUGGAAAACAGUAUGAACAGUGACAUUUACCACACAGACUAUUCCAGUUUACAUGCAUAUGGUCUAGGUGGAGGAAAAGAUGACAAUGAAACUAUAGAAAACCAAAAUAUUUCAAAUAAUCCCAGAAAUGGACCCCAAGGACCCUUAUUACAAAAGCCAGAUGAAAUGGCCAGGGGAUCAUAUAAUAAUGAAUCACAACAUAGAAAUCAAUACGAUGGAAGGAGGUAGUAUUAUGCACUUAAAUGAUGAUGAUACACGCUCAUCUGCUCAGUUUAUAUUAAUACGACUACAUAUAGCGAGACUGCAAUAAUAGACAAGAAUGGAACAAUAUACACACUGUAUUGCAGAUAUUGUACAUUUUGUUUAAAUAGUGUCUCACUGCAUUUUAUGCAUCAUCGAGCUGCUAUUGAAAUCAAAGUAAUUGAUUAAAACGCAUUUCAAGUGAUACUAUAAAUAUUGAGAGUCAUUGCAGGGUUUUAUCUCAUACAGUGUGCAAUGAGCACAAACCAAAUGGCCAGUUAGGUUAAACGUGUGUGGUCAAUAUUUACUAAUGCCAUUUAUUAUAAAGGUAUGAUGUAUAGACAGAUCAUUUUGUUUAUUCUUAAUCUUUUUCUGUUCUCAUUUGAUUUCCUAGGGUUUUAGUAAACUCAGUUUUCAUUCAUGGAAAUUGAUGCUUUAUUUUAUUGCCAAUGUGGUAUACGUUUUCCCAAAUUACUAUGCCAUUUACAAUACAGCUAAAUCUGGCCUAUUUUUGAUGAUGACUACCUA